AUGGAAGACGAGCAGCCGUCCAGCGAUUCGGAUGAACUGCCCGCUCCGAAGGGGAAGCCGCGAGAUCGGAAGGCGAGGGAGAAGGUAAAACUUGCGAUGUACAAGAUUGUGAACAACGACGCCGGGAAUCCCGUGGAUAUGUUGAUUGCUGCCAGCGAUCGCGUUGAUGACUUGGAAGAGAAGUUGGAAAAUGCGAAAGAAGCAGAAGCAAAAAUUACAAGGAUCACUCAAAACCUCUCAGUAGCGCGGGAGGCGUACGAAAAAAUCUACAAAAAGACCAGGCCUGCUGCAGAGAAAGCGGCGGAGGAAGAGGAGGAAGAAGAGGAAGAGAGUGAGGUUUCGUAGCGAUAUCUCGUGAAGGCCCUUCGGACGAACCAAACCUGACUUCUUCCAACGACGCAUGAAGAGGAUGUCUUGUCGUUUCGGAUUUGAUUCACACGGCAUAGGUUGGGUACAUGCAUUUUUUUGAGUAUGGCUAGUUUUUUUUCCGUUGUGUGCAUCACGAAGGUAGGGCACUGCUCGUAUGUUCUUUGAGUGUGGACGGCGCAUGGCGUGAUCCACCCCUCCAGCAUGUCUUUCUUCUUUCGGUUUCGGCGGGGGAACAUUAGAAGUUUGUUGUUCAGUGAGGGACCAGGGUCUUCUCUGUCGGGCGUUUAUGUGCAGGCGUACGCAUUUUUGGCUGCCGGAGAGCUGAGCCCAGAGACCAGAGACAUUGGUUCGGAGGGUAUUUCAUUUUUGUCACUUAGCUUCGAAAAUAUGAUAUGGGAUUUGAAUGUGUAGGAAAGUACAAACAGUAGUGCGGGCUAGUAAGCCCGGAGGAAAGUGCGGGAGAUGCAACUCCCCACGGAAGGAAAAAACAGGGGACAGGAUCUAGUAGCCCCUGCUUGAGCAGCUGAUGCUGGCCCUAUCCUUGACAGAGUCCUUUACCUUCCCUUGGCAACAGCUACUGCUGUUCCACACGAGUUAAUAACAAGACGCCGCUGAUGCGGCCAACGGGUCUCGGCCCGACCUCCACGAUGUGGUGAGCUGCCUCCUCGUGGCGAUGCGGGCGGCCACCAUGAACGCCACGUCUCCGGUGGUGUGGCCCGGCUGCGCCGUGGCGACUCCGGCAUCUCCGGCGUUCCAGCAGCCCAAGGCCGGCCGCGUCAAGGCCACGCCGGUCGAGCCCAUCGUGCGAGAGAGUAGCUCAGGCGAGGACUCGGGCUGGAGUUCCGCGGGAGCCUCUCGCCCCCCCCGGAGCCAUCUUCAUUGGCGGGCAAUGGCCGGGCACGGCAGUAGGCCAAGCGUCACACGAGCUGGACUCGUGGCAAGGGAGGCGGAUCGGGCUCUGGUUCAGACCGGAGUCUCACCCGGAAGCACGGCGCUCCGAAGGGUCCUUCUCCCAGGCAACAAGUGAAACGGAGCUUGGAUGGAGGAGCCCCUGGACCAGACGCUUUCCAGCUAUUGUCGCGUCACCUGGCGGAGCAAUUUGACGUCGGAGACCGCCAAUAGUCGUUUUUGCGGCUGCAACAAUUUGGCGUAGCAGAUGGUACUCCUUUUGCGGAUUAUCUUCGGGCUUUCCGUUUGUUAGUUUCGUCUGUGACUGGCUCUGAGCGUACUUUGGCCCCUAGUGUAUCCAUGGUUCUCGAAAUAGUGCGAAGCUCGGUCGACAAGCAAUUUCCGAGUCUGUCUCCGCUUUUGUACCCGGGUGUUUUGUCCACUGCGGUCACUCCCUUUGAGUCGAUUGCGGUAAUGUGGGAGGCGUUCGCGCCUUUGGCGACUAGUAAAACCCCGGCUAUCUGUGGUUCAACUUAUUUUCGUUGACCUCGACCCGUGACUCUCUGCAGCCUCGGCGGCCUAACCACCGCGCCCCUGCGUCUUCGGGCCAGUGGGCAUCCGGCUUCGCACAGAACCCUGUAGUUUUGCCCGUGCAACCUCAAGCCACGGAUCCUUUCACGCACAACUACGACUCGCGGCCUGCUUCGCAAGCCGACUGGUCUGAUGUAUACGCCCUCACCGCCAAUUUUCGUAAC